CGUCUCGAUGGACAAUAAAGCGAAUCCGUACACCUCUGGGCGUGGCACGGCAUGAUUCGCUCCCAAUUCCGGUCGUAUCCUACUCGUAAAUUCUUUUUUCGUCGUGAGUUUUCUGUGAAAGUACGUGCCGUUUGUAUCGAGCUCGAACGAUCUCGCCGUUAGCUCGUCAAUCAAGAUUAUUUUAUCGUUACGUUAUCACGAGCGCCGCGAACUUUGUGAGGUUAUGUCACAGGGACAGCAGUCAAGUUUGUGCAGAAGGUUUAUACACAAUCUCGUAGGUAGCAGUAAAUAAAGUUGAAAACAAGAAUGUCAUUGCAACGAAAGUAGAAAAAUUUGCGACUUUAAUACAAGUAUGGAAAAGAGGGGCAGUGCAGAACUCUUGGGUACGGAACAAAGCAAUUCAAAGAAUGCCAGUUCAGACUCUCUCAACACAGACAGCAAGAGCAGUUCGCUUAAUUCGAAAAUGGGCCAGGAAUCGGAGAGUUGGGAAAAAGCUUCACAUUCAAAAAGUUUUUCUUCAAGCUCCACUUCAACAGAUAAUAAUAUAGUCUCUGCUCUAGAGGCUAAAAAAGAUAAUCAAGUAAAAAAUUUGUCUGCAGGGGACACGGGACCACCGCUCUUGAAUGGAGAACGGGUGCAAGGCAUUGCGCACGAAGUUACCUAUUUGUGUCCUUAUUCGGGGCCUGCCAGAGGAGUCCUUAGUGUUACGAACUACAAGCUUCAUUUUCGUAGUGUAGAUCGAGAAACGCCUUAUGUUGUCGAAGUGCCGUUGGGGGUCGUUAGUCGAAUUGAAAAGGUCGGCGGUGCGUCGAGUAGAGGAGAGAAUUCUUACGGGAUCGAGGUGUUUUGUAAAGAUAUGAGGAAUCUCAGAUUUGCUCAUAAGCAGGAGAACCAUUCCAGACGAGACGUAUUCGAGAAGCUACAACAGUAUUCUUUUCCACUAUCUCACAAGUUACCUCUCUUUGCCUUUGAAUACUCUGCAACCUUUUCUGAAAAUGGUUGGAACGUUUAUGAGCCUAUUGCAGAAUUAAAGAGGAUGGGUGUAAAUAAUGACAUGUGGAAAAUAUCCAAAAUCAAUGACACGUAUUCGCUGUGCGACAGCUAUCCGGCUGUCUGGGCGGUACCCGCCGCAGCGACCGACGAGGAUCUUCAAGCCUCCGCGGCUUUUAGGAGUAGAGGUAGACUUCCGGUCCUCUCGUGGAUACAUCCGGAAAGUCAAGCGACAAUAACUCGUUGCGCCCAGCCGUUAGUUGGUGUCGGCGGCAAACGAAGUCGCGAGGACGAGAGAUACGUCCAGCUGAUAAUGGACGCUAACGCACAAAGUCACAAACUUUUCAUUAUGGACGCGCGACCGAUGCCAAACGCGAUAGCGAACAAAGCGAAGGGCGGUGGAUACGAAAGCGAAGACGCUUAUCAGAAUGCGGAAUUGGUCUUUCUCGAUAUUCACAAUAUACAUGUUAUGAGAGAAAGUCUCAGGAAGUUAAAAGAAUUAUGUUUUCCUACAAUUGACGAGGCUCGAUGGCUAUCGGGCAUAGAAUCAACAAUGUGGCUUAAGCAUAUCAAAUGUGUUCUUGCUGGAGCUGUAAGAAUUGUCGACAAAGUCGAAAAUCAUAAAACUUCAGUCUUAGUUCAUUGUUCCGACGGAUGGGAUCGAACAGCACAGCUUACAGCUCUCGCAAUGUUAAUGUUAGAUCCAUAUUAUAGAACAGUCAAGGGAUUUGAGGUUCUAAUAGAAAAAGAGUGGCUUAGCUUUGGACAUAAAUUUCAACAGAGGAUAGGCCACGGUGAUGAACAUCACAGCGAUGCAGAUAGAUCGCCAGUAUUUUUACAAUUUAUCGAUUGCGUUUGGCAAAUAAUGCAACAAUUCCUCAACGCUUUCGAAUUCAACGAACAUUUUUUAAUUACUAUUCUUGAUCAUCUUUAUUCUUGCAGAUUUGGCACGUUCUUGUUUAGCAGCGAACGCGAAAGAGUGCAAGAGCAAGUGAAGCAAAGAACAGUCUCUCUCUGGUCGUACACCAAUAGUCAAUUACCUCUUUAUCUGAAUCCACUUUAUCGAUCCGGCACGAACUAUCAACUUGUUCUAAUGCCAGUUGCUAGUAUGCGAUAUAUCAAACCGUGGAAAAGUUUGUAUUGUAGAUGGAACCCCAGUAUGCGGCAACAGGAUCCCGUCUAUCAGAGAACAAGGGAGCUUCUAGUCUUGAAAGAGCAGCUUGAGAAGCAGCUGGAGGAAGGUAGACGCGAACAGGCCUCACGUGCGAAUCGAGCCAUUACCUCGCCGGCGCCACCCAGAAUACAUUCCCCGGUUCACAUAUAGCGCCACGGGGAACUUUGACCGUCUGAUAAUUUGUAGUUUUGUAAAUGAGCUGUAAACUCUUGAUCUACUCUUUCGAGCCAGUACAAGAUAUUUUGACUGAAUUCCGCUUAUGGAUGUUAUGUAUAAUAUGCCCACUUGAUAAAAACGAAUUUAGAUUCGUGCGUACUUUUUUUUUUGCAUUUCAAUGAAUUUACCGCAACCGCAUACGGAGAACGAAUCCUUUCACAUAAUUUAUACAAAUUGUACCCAAUUUAAUCCCAAGGCUCCAUCAAAGUCGAAUAUGAUUUCGCACAAAUGUGUAGCUGGAUAUAAGUCUAAAAAAUUGAUUUUAUUUUAUUCGUUUUUUAUUACAAUUACAAUAUUACAUACUUCCAUCGCACGUAUGCGAAUAAUCUGAUGUCCUUUAUAUUUUUUUUUUUUGCUGAAAGAUUGAGUAAAUGUUCGCAUUAGUAAGAUAUAGAGUGAUUCUGCCAUUAAAGACAAUGCGUAUCCAUAGAAAUAACUAAUUCCUAAGUAUCCCAUGAUUAAGACGCUCUGAAAAACGAAAAUUGUGACAAUAAGUGUAUUUAUUUUAAACAUAUCGAUGUCAGGAUUUUAAUUGUUCGUGUACUUACUAUGAGCAGAAACUCGAAGUGAAUGGGUGAUUCACUGUACAGACGUAUUAAAUAUACAUGAUAAUAAGAUUUACGAGGUAAACGCAGUACGUGAGUCUGCUGAAAGGAAUCCAGACUUUCCUGUUACCAGCUUUUUAAUGAUGCCUGCAAUAAAAUCAAGUGUUUGAUGACCAGAUUAAA